CUACAUUCUAUUUCUAUUAAAAUUAGCCAACUGACUAACCUGGACAGUUUCACUACGAGCUAACUUGACAACGUCAGCCAUGUCCGUGUGCGACUACAGUUUACUCUGUAAUUUCCCGAAGUGCCGAGCCAAGCUGAGCGGGUUCGCCUGGACGACGGCCUGUUCUCACAUCUUCUGUGAUCAGCACGGCUCUGGAGAGUUCAGCCGGACCCCUGCCAUCUGCCCUGCUUGUUCCUCUGCGCUGUCUGGCAAAUUGGACAUUGUACGCACAGAGCUUUCUCCCUCUGAGCAGUACAAGACGAUGGUUUUAGUCGGAUUACGGCCUGAGACAGUUCUGGAUAUCAGUCAUCGAGCGCUGGCGUUUUGGACCUAUCAGGUAAACCAAGAAAGGCUGCUGAUGGAGUACAGCUUGUCUCGGGCUGAGAUACAAGUCGCGCAGAUGGAGACGGUGAUGGCGCAGCAGAACCAGACCAGAGAGCUCGAGAUGAAUGCCCUGAGAGAGGAGAUUAUAUCACUAAACAAGAGGGUGGAGGAGUAUAAGUGCAAGUACAGUGAAGUUUCAGAGCUUCUGACAAAGAAAAAUAGACAGUACCAAAAGCUUCAAGGGCUGUUUGAGGCAUUGCGGUUGCGGACCAUGUCGCCUGUUGAAAGAGAUGGACUGCACCAUGCCUCCCAGGCUUUCACCACAGGGUUGGUUAGACAGCACUCUCUUCAAAGCAGUCCUCCUUUUCUGGCUGUGAGACCAGAGGUUGAUAGGCUGUUCUCUUUAGAACCAGAGAGCUUCAAAAGUUUUUUCCAGUUUAACUCUCCACCAAGAGAGAAAGGUCAUUCCUUCAUCAAGAAACACUAA